UCCAGACAAAGAGUAUCUCGAGAAAGAAUCAUUGAUAGUUGGGAUUGGGCUUCAUCAUGGUCGCGAUAACUGUCCCGCAGACUCUGGCGGGCUACGGCCUCAGCACGUUUGAGAUCGAGGCAGGCGGGUCUUGCAUUCGCGGGGUUUCGAGGGGCAUCUUCAGAGAAGAUGGCAGCACUAAUGGUGGUUACGAGGGGCCAAUACUGGUGUUGAUUCAUGGAUAUCCGCAGACAUACUUCAUGUUAGUGAUCUGAGAUUACCCCUUUUUAUUGAUAUAUCCCGGCUGCAGCACUCGAGAGCUUCGGGAAGAAUGAGCAAGGAGGCCACUAUAUCCAUUAUAUACAUAUAUGCCUCCCUCUCUCUCUCAUUUUUGGCUAACGCACUCCCUUAACGAAUCAAUUCUGCAGGUGGCGCCAUAUAAUCAAACUUCUCCCCAAGACGACUCGGCUCUUCGCGCCCGAUAUUCCCGGGUACGGCUACAGCUCUCCCUGCGAAUUCGGACACGACAAGGCGACCGUCGGGAAGGCCAUCCUCGCCUCUCUCUCCGCGUAUCUCAAAACAUCACAGACAGCGCAGCCGCAGCGCGUGAUCCUCAUCGGCCAUGACCGCGGCGCACGCAUCUGCCAUCGACUGGCUGUCGACGCGGCGCAACACGUGUCCUCUUUCACCAUACUGGGUACCGUACUGAUGGACAUUGUCCCGACGGUCGUUCAGUGGAAGGGGAUGUCGAACGUAGCCGAGGCGAAGGGGUACUUCCACUGGCCGUUCCUGGCGAACGCGGAGCUGGCGACGAAGAUGAUACUACAGAUCGGCGGGGACACGUUCAUCCGAGAGCUCAUGGGGCGGUGGACGGGAAGCAGUGAGGAGGCAAGAGCGCGGGCUGCGGCUGAUGAUGCGCUGGAGAUGUAUGAGCGGCCGUUCAGGUGGGAUAGCGUUGUGCGGGCCUCGUGUCAGGACUACGAGGCCGGUGCCACAGUGGACGUGAGGAUGCAGGAGGAGGACCAGAAGAAUGGACGCAAGAUGGAGAUGCCCGUGCUAGUGCUGCAUUCCGCGGGAAUUGGGCGGAGGUUCGACAUGAAUGUCUGGAAGGAUUGGGUUGCUGAUGGCCAGCUGCUGACGGUUGUCGGGCUGGAGGAGGGUGUAGGACACUUUGUUCCCGAGGAAGAUCCAGAGAGCUGUAUGGCUGCCAUGACCGAUUGGAUGCAGAAGAUCGGAGUGCAGCUUUAGGCACGUAGGUAUGUCCUGUACAUAUGUAUGCUAUGCUU